CGGAAGACACACCUGCCGAAAAACAGGUGUCAAGUUAAAGGUACAACCCAGUCGAGUGUACUGAGGACCCCCUUUCACUUCGGGAUCAUCGCGUUUGUGCCUAAAGGACGUUUUGUGUUAUUUUUACUGUAUAGUGUUUUUAUAUAACCAUAUAUCAUUAUAAUCUGUUUUAGUUGUUACAUGCUGAUGCAAGCCUAUGUUGGGUCCGUGCUGUGAAGUGAUUGUUAAAGUUCAGAAAACGCUGAGAAUUUUUGUUUUGAUUAAGAAGUUCAUAGUCAUAUGCUGUAGAAUGGUUAGUGGUGAGUUAGAUGGCCCAUCAAAAGAAAAAUAAAUGGUAAAUAACAGACACAAGAAGUUUUCAGAUUAAAGUCGUAACCAUUACCUUGAAAGCUUCCAUAAGUCAAUAAUGAGUAAGUAAAGAUGUGAUUAAAUCAGUAGAAUAAACUUACAUCACCUAUAAACGUCAAUCGCAAAAACUUAAUCCUCUGAUUUUAAAAGGACAAACUAAUGUAUCGUACGAGAAUGACGCCAAUGAAAUUCACCCCCAAGUGUACCUUUCACACAUGCUUUUUAUUCAUUACAACAAACUUAUUAAUAUGGCUGACUCUGUAUGAGAGCCACAGAGACGAGCAUGUGGCUUCAGAAAAUGAAAGUAGAGAGCGAGGAAGACCCUUAGAAAAUAGCGAGCAUAUAAAACAGCGUGAAUGGUCUUUAGGGCAAAACAUAGAACCAACGCACCGAAGCGGAGGGCUUGUCCACGAAAAUAGAGGACCAGUACACCAAAGUGAGGGCUCUGUACACCAGAGAGGAUGGCCUGUACACCAAAAGAAGGACCCUGUACAUGAAAGUACAGAGGAUCAAGGAGACGAGCUGAAUGGUGGAAGAGAGAUGACCAAGGAAGGCCAUUAUUAUGAUUCAUCUGAGGACGAAGCUACUCACAUCACGGACGCUUACAUCUCUCGGGCUCUCAGUCAUCUCGGAUCAAGGACCAUCCCCGAGUGCGAACCACGACACAGAAUAAUGUACAUGAAGACACACAAAUGCGCUUCCUCCACCCUCCAGAACGUUAUAAUGAGACACGUAAGGACAUAUAACACAGCCGUCUUCCCCGUCCUCACUGCUGUCGUGGAAGAGAAGUUACGUAGAUCUUUCCUUCAUAAAAGGCGUGGUAAUGCUGGGGGUACAGAGGGUACAGGGGAUACAAGGAAGGCAGAGCAUGUAGGUGAUGCUGAAGAAACAAGGAAGGCAGAGGAUACGGAAGAUACAAGGAAUGCAGAGGAUAUAGCUCAAGAUACAGGGAAGAUAGAGGAUAUGGAUAUGGUGGAUAGACGGGAUACAGGUGAUGCAGGAAGUGCAAGGAAGAUGGAAGAUAUAAGGGAAGGUGUUGAAGAUGAAGGAAGGAAGGGCGAAAGAAGAAGGAAGAAGAGGAAAAAGAAGAAGAAGGAAGGUGCUCCGCCGAUUUUCGUGGCCGUUCCGAAGAAGGGAGUCUAUAUCGGCAGUCCGGAGUAUUUCAACUUAGAAAGACACAUGGCCUCCCCAGGGCUCCUCCCCCCCGGGCAGCGCGCGGACGUGUUCGUAGCGCACACCCGCCUCGACGCCGACCAAAUGCAGAGACUGAUGCGCCCGGACGCCCUCUGGGUCACCGUGGUGCGCGACCCCCGGGGGCUCUUCCCCUCGCUCUACUCCUACUACAAGCUCCAUUCUUAUUACGGAAUGUCGCUGAAGAGCUUCCUCCAGUUACCCUUGGAGACCCUGAAGAGGAAGAGACGCUUCGCUGGCGUCAUGGGAGCCAAUCAGAUGACCUUCGACCUGGGCCACAGUACCGACGCCUUCUACGACGACGCCAAAAUCGACGCUCUCAUCCAGGACGUCGAGGUGACCUUUGACCUGGUCCUGGUGGCGGAGCGGAUGGACGAGUCACUGGCGCUGCUCGGGAGGGCGCUGUGCUGGCCGACGCAGGACCUCGUCGCCUUCGAGAAGAACCGGAGGAUGGAGGAGGGCGAGCAGCUGCGUCAGGAAGAUAUCGAAAAACUGGAGCAGCUGAACUACCUGGACGUGCGUCUGUACCGCCACUUCGCCCGCAAGUUCGAGCUCCUGACGCGGGCUUACGGCAAGACCCGCCUGCAGAAGGAGGUGGAGGCGCUGAGGGCCGCCAGGAGCCAGUGGGUCGACUACUGCGUGGAGGACGUGGUCGCAGGACGCAGUCGGAAGACCUCCUUUAAAGAGUACUCCAGCAGCGUGUGGGGGAUUCGCCUCGCCCAGCCGGAGAACAGGACCUGCGUGGCUCUAGCCUGGAACACGAUGCAGUUCUUUGAUUAUUUCAGAGUCUUCCAAGAAAGUCUGAGGUUGUACGGGUCGGAGUGAGAGUCGUUGCAUGGAUGGUGGGGUCUUGUGGAUGAGAUGGAUGAGGUGGAUGAGGUAAAGAGGUGGAUGAGGCGGAAGAGGUAAAGAGGUGGAUGAGGUAAAGAGGUGGAUGAGGUAAAGAGGUGGAUGAGGUAAAGAGGUGGAUGAGGCGGAUGAGUGGAUGAGGUGGAGGAGGUGGAAGUGGUUGAGGUGGAUGAGGCAGAAGAAGAGGUACCUCGGAGGUGGAGGAGGUGGACGGGGAUGUGGAGGUGCAUUUAGAGGAAGCGAGAUAUAGGUGGAGGCGAGGGUGGAGGACGGCGAGGGAGAGAAGGGGGAGGG